GCAUGCGUAAGGAAGAAGUGCAGUUGGUUGGGUAACACGUAUUUUUCGGUUAAGUAGGUGGAAAAGUACUAAAGUGGUAUCGAACUUGGGUAAAAUGACUGCACACGAUCAAAUCAGGGCCAUGUUGGACCAACUGAUGGGAACAGGACGGAAUGGUGAGAACAACCGCUUCCAGGUGAGGUUCUCUGACCCAAAAGUGUGCAAGAGCUUCCUCCUCAGCUGCUGUCCCCAUGAAAUACUUUCCUCAACACGAAUGGACCUUGGAGAAUGCCCCAAGAUACAUGAUUUGGCUCUCCGUGCUGACUUUGAGAAAGCAAGUCAGUCCAAGGAUUAUUACUAUGAUAUUGACGCGAUGGAACACCUGCAGGCGUUCAUUGCUGACUGUGACCGCAGAACUGAGCUGGCUAAGCAACGUCUAGCUGAGACUCAGGAGGAGUUGUCUGCAGAAGUUGCCCAGAAAGCUAACAAAGUGCAUGAGCUGGCAGAACAAAUUGGCAAGAAGUUGGCAAGGGCAGAGCAAUUGGGAGCUGAGGGCUUCGUGGAGGAGAGUAUGAAGCUGAUGGAAGAGAUUGAAGAUCUGCGUAAGAAAAAGAGUGCAGCAGAAGGCGAGUAUCGCAACUCGAUGCCUGCCAGCAGCUACCAGCAACAGAAACUGCGUGUCUGUGAAGUGUGCUCUGCUUAUCUGGGUAUUCAUGAUAAUGAUCGACGUCUGGCAGAUCAUUUUGGUGGCAAGCUUCAUCUGGGAUUCAUCAAGAUCAGAGAAAAGCUGUCUGAUCUUGAGAAAACUGUCGAAGGCCGCAAACAGCAGAAACGGCAGGAGAUGAGCAAUAGAGACCGUGAGAGAGAGAGGGAGCGUGAAGAUCGUGAGCGUGAACGUGUAAAGGACAGAGAACGGGAUCGUGUUGGUAGUUCAAGUAACAGAGACAGAGGUCGGGAUCGUGACCGAGACAGAUCACACAGGCGCAGCAGGAGUUCCAGCCGUGGUCGCAGUGAGAAGAGAUCACGAUCACGUAGCAAAUCACACAGUUCCAGGUCACGUAGAUCCCGCAGCAGUAGCCGCAGCAGACGCUCGAGGUCACAUCGCUCUCGUUCUGGAGACCGCAGGAAGGAUCGCUCACGUUCAAGAGAUAAGAAGCGUGAUGGCUUGAGUUCCUGGUCUGGUCCUGGCAGUCCAUAGCUCGCCUCUGUGGUUGCAAUUAGACGUAAGUAAGAAAAUCAAAUAAAAUGUGGGUAGGAAAAGGCAAAAGUUAAUGCUUCAUUUUACACUCUUUGGUAGGUAUACUUAACGAAGGUUUUGCAGUAUUUGGUACUGUAGAAAUGGUAGGUAGGAAAACUGCUUCUCAGGGAUGCAGUAUUGUGGCCUGUGUUGUCUUUCUUCUUAGUUCAUUUCCCCUCCUCUGGCAGAAAACAGCAUUGUGCCCUCUAAAGUGCUUAUUUCAUGCCUAUCAGUUGCAUUGGCCAUUAGUGGGUUCCAUUUCCUCAUCCCCUCAUGGGUUAGAGAGAUUACCUUCCUUGCAACAUGUCUAUAUAACUGAAACGAUUUCCUCACUUUAGACACUUAAGACCUGGAGGGAGAAUUUUCCUUCUAAACAUUUGUAUCUGCCUGCAAAACUAGAGAGUGUCAACCCGGAAGACCACAGUCUGAACAGUCACUGCUGUGAAAACCUGAAAACGUAUGUCAUGUGAUACACAUUUUUAUUCAUAGUAAAGCAGUCACUAUUCUGUAACUGAUUGUGGAAAAUUUGUGUGCAGGUUCUGUGGUAUAUCAUGUAGUAGAGUCUUGUAGAAUGUUUGUAUAUUUGUUAUGUACAGUGGAUUCCUGAUUAUGUAGUUAUUCUAUCCUAAAUACAGACUGAAUUCAAGAGGUAAUGGUGCACUGUUUUGAAAAGGUGAUUGUCCUUCAAACCAUCCAGUACUGUCUGUCGCUCUCAUGUCACUGGGUGAAUGAGUUACAUAUUAGAAAUUGUUUUACCACUAAGGAAUAAAAUCUCAAAAUCAGGACAGAGUUUGCCCAAGUUUCUUGCUUGUCAGAGAAAAGUGUGCGUGCACACACAUGUACAAUGCAUUUAAUGUAUAAUAUAUAUUGAGAACUCCAUAUGAAGACUCUUCAUUUUCCCCAGUUUUCGUUUCUAGUUCAACCUGUUUUCUAAUAAUGCAUGAAGGCUGAUUUUUAAUGCGCUCUUUUACAGAUAAUCCACAAAUAGUCGGAUCAUAAACUCUCUUUCAUAUACUGUACACCAUAUAUCCACAUCAAAAUAUUAAUACUUACAGAACAGUCAUGAUACAAUGAAACAUAAGGUUGCUUGCUUGUUAUUGGAGAAAAUGUUAUAAUGAUUUUGUUGGAUUUAUACACUUUUUUACUGCUUUAAAAAGCAAUUAAUCUGUACAUUUUUGUGCUGGAGCAGGUUUUCCUCCAAGUUUCUUCAGUUGUCCCCUGCAUGUUAUCAUUCUACCAUUGCUUCAUACUCGUUUUAUCACCAUCUCCCCGAGAUGUACGAUAGGUCUGAUCAUAUGACAUGCAUAACAUUCUCGGUCUUUGGGCUUUGUCUCUGAUGUGGCGCUUGGCUGCUUCCACAAUAAGGAUAUUGGUUUUAGUAGCACAGAAAAUUCCACCAUUUGCGUAACGCUCAUAUGUGAACCUCUAGGGUUUUGUGACAGUCCAGAAGAGGCAGCACAUUAUUACAUCCUUGGUAGUUAAAUAUGGGCAUUAUCUGUGAUCCAGCACUUGGCUGGCUACUGAACAAGGAAGUUAGUUUUAGUUUGUAAAUACAUUAAACACAAUCUGGUUAUUUAAGUAGGGUUGUUCUUGAGACACUAAUCAUCUUCAGUUAGCCAACAAAUUUCAUUGUCUUUAACGUAACCUGAAAGGUCAGUGUAAUAUUCACAAGAACUCAUCACCGAGCCAGAUGUGGAAGAGUUACCACUUUUGGAAGUAAUUGUUUUUUCUACCAUGGUAAUUUGAAUGCACAAAUGUAAUGCAGACUUUUUUUUUUACAUACAUAUAUGAGGGAGAGCCAGUAAAUCGGUCACAAAUGGAUACAAUGUGUAAAGACAUGAUAUCUGAACCUGGAAAAAAUAUUUACUUCUCAACAUAUCCACCAGCAUUGGUACAUGGGUCUGAUCUCUUUACCAGUGUGUCAAAACCUGCAGCAUAGAAGUUUUUUUACUGUUGUUUCAGCCCCUUUUGAAUCUGGUUGGGCCUGAACUGAACUUUCAAAAAUCCUUGACAGAAUUUCUUGAUGCCAAUGUGAACCUCUUUACAUGACAAACUCUUCCCACCUUAAACAGGAAACGUUUCUUUAUGAAUGUCCUUUGUAUUGAGUCCUUUUACCCACAAAAAAUGCUCAAAAAGAACACUGCUCUUCGGUAUUAUUGUCCUCAAGCAUUGUCACCAUUUUGACUACUGAAACCAGCCUCUGAACAUGUGCAUGCGAGUCUGCUAUCUAGACUUUCAUGCAGCUGGACUGUGCUGCUGCCUAGUGAUAGACAUAGGAAACCUGUUACGUCCGUUACAGCUGCUUUACUUCCAUUUAUGACUUAUUUACUGACUCUUGUAGAAAGUAAAGCAGGUAAUUUUCAUAAAUAUGGUUGUAUAAGGAGUUCAUCUUGUGCAGUGUAACACCAUGCAGUCCAAUUGAAGUUUUUCAGUAUUUUGGAAGUAUGUAUUGGGCACUAACUUUGCUGACAAGCGACGGUCGCUAGUUCGCUUGCAGACUAAAACCACAGAGUUUGUUUGUAUUGGGUCCAUUUUCAUGGUGAGUGAAUAAACUGAGGAAGCUGUCAGCAAGAAGCAAGAGAAAGUGCAGCAAGUUGUGCAUAGAAACCUGGUUCAUAUAUAGGAUUAUGAGGGCUCCCAGAGAGGGCCAGUGGGAGCAAGGAGGGGAGGAACUGAAUGGGGCCAUGUUUGUGAAAUUGGAGAGAUGAGAGAAGACAGGGAAAUAGUGGCAUGACAUGACCAAUGGGAGCUAUGGAUGCACGAAGAGAGUGGCAGUGGUUGUAGGCACAGGGGAGGGGGCGAAAGGGGGACACAGCCCUUUACAGGGGCAAUGCUAGUAGCUCUCUUUACUCCUUUUCAUUCUCUCUGGGGGCCCUUUACAGGACUAUGUAUGAAUGAAGUUUACUGUGCUUUGUUCACCCUGCUCACAUCUUUUUGAUUUUGUACAUGGCUUGUUAGCCCCCUCUGAAGAAUUCCACUGAAACGUCAGCUAAGACUUAGACUGCAUGAUGUCAGAUCUUCCUAGUCACUACUGAAAACGUUAUAUCUAGAUUGGUUAUGUAAGUUGUGGAUGAAGACCAAGGUUGGCUUGUGAAUUUGAUUUUGUGGAUGUGAGGAGGUACAGUGUGUGUGCGUGCGUGCCAUAAUCAAGAUUCUGCUGUACAGUAUGGUUGUAAAAUUGUGGACGUGUCCAUUCUGAUAGUUAUUUUUCUUAUGAAGUAGGGAGUCAUCCCGGAGUCGCAGAGACAGUGAAUAGCGGGCAGUAAAAGUAUGAAACCUUACAGAUGCUUGUGUUAUGAAGUAGGGAAUUAUCCUGGAGUUGGACAAUGAACUGUGUGAAUAGAGAAGAUCGUCAUAUGAAAUCUGAAUUGGAAGAUUUCAAUGAAUAUAAAUUUAAAAGUGAGUAGUAAUUAUAUUAGAUUUUAGGUUCAGUGCUAUCAUCAAACUUGCGGCAGAUGCAGUCAUUGUCACUGUUGAACUGAUUGUGAUUGGUUAUACAUAAAGUUUUAUGGCAGCAGCUGACUGCGUUUUCUUAAGGAUUCAGUAUUUGUAUGGUUGCUAACUUCAUGUUCUGCAAGACAUCAAGAAAUCAUAAUCCGUGUAAAUUGAGAUUAAAAUUUUCAAGGAUUGUGCAGGUUCUCCCUCCUCCCCUUUCUUCUCUCACAGGUUCUAAAGUGAACUUGGUUAUGUGUAAUGUCAUUUCCUGUAAGGAUACAGUUGUGUAUCAUAAAUAUAUAUACUGUAUUGGAAAAUAUUUAUUUUCAGUGCUUUAUGCUUCAGAAAUUGUUUUACUGUGAUUUAAAAUCUGUCUUUGAUGUAGUUGUGUAAUAAAGUGUAAUGGAUAAACCAUGCCGUGAAAUUGGGUAUUUGGAGUGUACUGAUAGAGUCGUUGCUUUUCACACAAACAAUGGUACCAAAGUGGAGUUAGAUGAUAUCCAUUCAGUGUUUCAUUGUAAAUGUGUUGACACCUUAUUUUAUAUGAAUAAAGGAUAUAGUUGCUUGUUAUAGUGACUUGUAUAUACUCAGUGUGUGUAAUAGUUACUCUGUAAUUCUCAAUAACUUGUGUUGCAUAAUAAUUAGUUUAUUAUUUUGAA